AUGGACAUUGUCAAGGCGCCGAAAGCGCUGCUCCACGAAGAUGCCAUGACCAAAAAGAUGGAGGGCGACGUCCACGUCCGGCACGGCGACUAUGAGAAGGCGAUCAUUUGCUACAACAAGGCGUGUUUUAUUAGCCCCGACGACUUUACCCUCUACGCGGCACGCGGGUCGGCGUACGCCAAGCUCUGCGACUUCAAGUCGGCCAUUGGCAACUUUAAGAAGCUCCUCUCGCUCCAAAACAACCCGCCUCAAGCCAUCAAGGAAGAGAUCGCAGCUGUCUUCAACGCCCACGGCUACUCGUUCCUCCUCGACAAGGAGUACUCGACCGCGAUUGUCUAUCUGACGGACGCGGUCGCGCUCGACGCGCUCCAGGCCAACUACUGGCUGCACCGGUGCCUGGCGUACUUGGGCCUCGCGCUCUGGACGAAGGCGCUCAAGGACAUCGACCACGCAAUUUGCAUUGAUGCCAACGAUGCCGACAUCCUCGUGCUGCGCGCCAAGCUGCAUUGGAAGCUCGGGCUCAUUGAUAAGGGCAACACCGACAUUGCACGGGCCUUUAAACUCUGCCCCAACCACCCCGAGGUGCUGGACUUCGAGCGGAAAAUGUGGCACCAGUCGCAGCAUUUACACGACAUGGCGUGCCGCCACAUUUUGGGCCGCGACUUUGCCAAGGCGCUCGACUGCCUCGACUCGUGCAUCAAAUUUAACGCCGAGGACCCGAAAGUGCUCAUCUUGCGCGCGUCUGUCUUUCGCGAACUUCGGGACUACCGCGCCGCGCUCACGGACGUCGAGCGCGCAUCCCGGUGCUUCUUUGGCAAGCAGCUUGGCGACGAGCUGGACCAACACAUGCGAGCGGAGGAGCACCCCGAGAUUAGCCGGCAGCGCAACCUCAUUCUCAACG